GGUAUGUUAUCUUUCACUUUCAAGUCUCCAAGGUAUGUUAUCCAUUUUUUAAAUAAUUUUCUGUCUUAUGUGCGAAUUGAAUCAAGAGUCAAGCUAUCAUCACUUGCAAUUGAAGCAGCUUAGGGACUUUUUUCCUUUUUUAUCAGUUGAGACAAGAAAGCAAGGAAGAGAAUUAGGCCUGCUAAGAUUGCCCUCCCGGUAAGGAAGAGAGGAAAAAACCAUUGAUGAAGCCAUACUUCUUAUUCUAGGUUUACCUAAGUUGUAAAAUUCCUUUUCUCAAAGAGCAUGGUCCCUUUGGUUCUUCUUUCUUUUUGUAAUUAUUAGAAUUCAUAAGAAAGUGUUUUCUUUGCUUUCUUUAUUAUUAUAAAAAUAAAAUAUCUGUUUUUUGAAAAUUUUUAAAAAGUAAAAUAAAAUAAAAUUCUGCACAAGAGAAAAUUAUAUAGUUUUGAUUUAUUUGAUAAUACUGUUUUCCAUAAAAUUAGUAAUUGCAUGAAAAAGAAAAAAAAAUUUCGUUUGGAUGAACAUGAAUUGAGUUUGAAUAAGAAGUAUUUGCUUUGUGAAGGCUGGAUAUUGGGUGUGUUUAUUUGUAAGGAAUGGUUGAAAAUAAUCAAAUUUCAUAUAUGUUAAUGAAUUGUGUGCUAAGCAGAUUCUGGAAUAUCAAUCAUGGGGCAUCACAUGAUCACUAGAAGCAAGAAACAGAUGGUCACUCGAAGCAAGAAAAUCACCAAGAAUCCAACUCCCAGCAAGAAAUCAAUACCCAAAGCAACUCCAAGGAAGGGAAGGAAGAAAAGUAAGAUUCCCAGUAGAAAUCAACCACUUCUUCCAACUGAUAUCAUAUCAGAAAUCUUGAGCUGGUUGCCUGUAAGGUGUUUGAUAAAGUGCCAGAGAGUAUGCAAAGAAUGGUUUGAAUUGAUGCAAGAAGGCAACUUCAUUGUAAAGAAUAUGGUACGAAACAGGGAGUAUAAUAUUCAUAAUCGAGAAUCAUAUCGAGAAAAUGGGGAAGCAUUUAAACUGAUUUACACCUUUGAUGGAUUGAUAAUGGAAGGAAACAGAGACUUUAACAAGUUCAGAAUCAGGAACUUAGCACUGCGUAGAGUAUUUGAUUUGCCUACUCCACCCCACAAGAGUGAAAUCUUGAUCCCCUUGAUCCCUUCUCUUGUUCAUCAUGGUUACUACAAAGUGAUUUCUGCAUAUAGCUGUAAAAACGAAACCAAUCAACAUGGAGGAUUUGAGAUUCUCACACUUGGCAGAGUUGAGAAGCCCUCAUGGAAAGCUCUCGACACCAAUUUUUUCAGAAAUUUUAACAGAGAAAACGACAUACUUUGGUCAAUGGGGAUACAAGGGAUUGCUUAUUUUGUUAGAACAAGCAAGGAUGGAUCAGAGAACUAUGAGGUAGUGUCUUUUGAGAUGGAGAAUGAGAGUUUCACAAGCUGUGAUUUGGCAAGAAGCAGCUUCGCAGAUAACUCCAAAGCCUGUGUGUUGAGAUGGGAAGAUCAAUUGGCUCUAGCUGAGAUAUCAAACAAUGAGCUACAAGUGUUGGUGUUGAAAGACUACAAGAAGGGAAAAUGGGCUGAAAAGAAGACUGUGAUUCCAUUGAAAUUCUUAAAGAAAGAACCAUAUAUGAUUAUGGAAGAUCUUGAGCCUUAUAGAGCCAUUGAUGGGGUGGUUUGGUUUAGGGGAAGCAACUAUCUAGCUUAUAACAUUGCAGAUGAAGAGAUUGUGUGUCAUGUAUCAAAAAGACAAGCACGUAUAUUCAGACAAAGUUUAGUUACUUUCAAAGGAAUGAGACCAGGAUGAUAUAAAUGAGACUCAAGCAAGAACUGGAACAGCUGAAUUUCAGGUCUAUCGGGAAGUUUUAGUUUAAACUGAGCUAUAUGGAUUUAAGAUAUAAAUAUAUAGAUAUUUAUGAUUUUUAUAUUGAUGUGUUGGAUGCAUAUGGACCUUUUUUAGACAAAAUUUUUUUUAUUUCUUAUUUGUUCAUGCU